AUGUCGAGGCUUGAGAUAGCCCUUUCUUCCACACUUGAUCAUCUCCUCAAACACAUCUUUCUCGGAACUGUAUUUCUCACAUCUCUUUACGCACUCUACCGAUGGCUCCUCCCCAAGCCGCUUCCGGGUAUUCCCUUCAACCAGAAGUCUGCCCAGUCAAUUUGGGGUGAUGUCGUGGAACUCCGAGACGAUCCUUCGGGGUUGGCGAAAUGGUGCAGCAAGCAGCUUGAGAAUCACGGCUCGCCAAUUUGUCAGGCGUUGAUGGGCCCCCUGUCGAAGCCGGUGGUACUGGUUGCAGACGUUGGAAAUGCCCGAGAAAUGCUGAUGGGACGAAGUGAUUUUGACCGAUCCGCAUAUAUCAUCGAUCGAUUCCCGCUCUUUGGGGAAUUUCAUCUGAACAUGAAAACGGGAGAUAACUGGAGGCAGUCUCGGAACUGGUUGAAGGAUCUCCUUGCUCCACAGUACCUUCACAAUGUUGCUGGUCCUGCUAUUCACUCCUCCGUUCUUAAACUCAUCAAGUUAUGGGAACAUAAAUCCUGCGUGGGCGACAGUAGAGCUUUCAGUAUGGUGUCGGAUCUGAAAACUCUUGCUUUGGAUGUUAUUGUAGCCUUUCACUUCGGUUCCGACUUUCAAGACUCGGCUCUGGAUAGACAGGUUGAUCACGUUGGGAAGCUUGAUGGGUCAAAAUUGCCCUGUGGGGAGCACAACGAGGUCGAAUUUUCUAAAGCCCCAUUGCACGAGUUUCAGCAGGCUCUCACAGACGUGGGUGAUAAGAUGGCGGCUAUUUACACUACAAAAUGGCCACCGCUGAUCGUGGCUUGGUGGGUGCGCUACAUUUCUCCUUACUAUAGACCUUUCUUCCAGGCAAAGGAUCGAUUUAUUCGCAAGCACAUCAACCUUGCCGUGCGGCGCUACCGAAACGAUGAAGAGCCUUCAACGGGGAUCGAUUACAUGGUGUACCGAGAAGAAAAGGCAGCCCGAAAGGCCUAUCGCCAGCCGAUGUUUGAUAAGCAGAUAAUGAUUGACGAGGCGUACGGUAACCUCAUCGCAGGGCAACAUACCACGAGUGCGGCUCUCGUAUGGAUCUUGAAGUUGUUAGCCGAUUAUCCCAGCGUCCAGGAGAAGCUCCGCGAGGAGCUGCAGGGAAUCUUUGUUGGUGCGAUGCAAGAGAAUCGACUGCCUACAGCAGCUGAAAUCAUAACGUCGAAGCUUCCGUACUUGGAUGCCGUGCUGGAGGAAACUCUUAGACUACGCGCCGCGAUGCUAGUCCCACGGGACGCAACAAAAGAUACAGAGUUGCUUGGUCGUCGAAUUCCGAAGGGUACGGUUGUUCUACUUGUUUGCCAAGGACCGGACUACAAGCCGUCACCUCCAUCGAAAUACUGGAGUGAUGUCAAAGCGUCAAGAGUGUAUCCUGGCAAAGGAAAUCUAGACCUGGAGGUAUUUGACCCAGAGCGAUGGCUUGUGCGAAAUGAGAAGGGAGAUCUUGAGUUUGACGGGUCAAGUUAUCCACAGUUGGCGUUCGGGUUGGGGAUUCGAUCUUGUUGGGGACGUAGACUUGCCAUGGUAGAGAUGAGAAUUAUGACUACAUUGAUGACACUCAAAUUUGAGUUGAAGGAUGUACCAGAAGGGUUGCGUGGGCAUGAGGCGAGUUAUGAUAUUUCUUAUCGGGCGAAGAAAGGGUUCCUUCGUCUAAAGAGUCUUGGGGAAGUCCCUUAA